AUGAUAGCCUUGUUUUUCAAGCUUCUGAUGCUACUCACACUUGCAAGCCUAGCAGCAGCAGAAGAUGUCAGUUUCACCUACAAUGGUUUCCGAUCUGCUGAUCUUAGCGUAGACGGCAAUGCCCAAUUCACACCCAAUGGUAUUUUAGUGCUAACGAAUGAUACUGAACAGCAAAUUGGCCAUGCCUUCUACCCCAACCCAGUAAUCUUCAAGAACUCAUAUUCCAAUUCCAAUGCUUUCUCAUUUUCUACCACUUUUGUCUUUGCUAUUAGGUCCCCACUUGCAACUCGGGGUGGCCAUGGACUCGCCUUUGUCAUUGCUCCGCAAAGAGGGCUUCCUGGAGCUCUAAACGGCCGUUUCCUAGGCCUUUUCAACCUGGCUAACAAUGGGAAUACCACCAAUCAUGUUUUUGCUGUAGAGCUUGACACUGUAUGGACUGAAGGGUUCAAUGACAUCGAUAACAACCAUGUUGGGAUUGAUAUUAAUGGUUUGAAAUCGGAGGACUCUGCUAGUGCAGCAUACUAUGCUAAAAAGAAUGGUGGGUUACGGAACUUGACCCUCAUCAGUGGUCAACCAAUGCAAGUUUGGGUAGACUAUGAUGGUACCAUGAAGCAAAUCAAUGUCACUUUGGCUCCAACCAAUGUUGACAAACCCCAUGCUCCCCUUAUUUCUUUAAACUAUGACCUUUCCUCAAUCCUUAACAGAACCAUGUAUGUUGGCUUCUCCUCCGCCACUGGCUCACUUCCCACGUCCCAUUAUGUUUUAGGCUGGAGUUUUAAGAUGAAUGGCCAGGCUCAAGAACUUGCUCUCUCACAACUUCCCAAGCUGCCUCGGAUAGGAGGUAAAAAAAUAUCUAAACUCUUAACCAUUGGUGUGCCUGUGAUAUUUGUGAGUUCGGUUUUUCUAGCAAUUUUGGGUGCUGUCUAUGCCAUAAGAAAGAAGAAGUUUGCAGAGCUGCUUGAAGAUUGGGAGCUUGAGUAUGGGCCUCAGAGGUUUAAAUACAAAGAAUUAUAUAUUGCCACCAAAGGGUUUAAGGAAAAAGAACUUCUGGGAAGAGGGGGAUUUGGUAAGGUCUAUAAGGGCAUAUUACCCACCUCUAAAACUGAGAUUGCUGUGAAGAGGAUCUCACAUGAAUCAAGACAGGGGAUGAGGGAAUUUGUGGCAGAAAUUGUCAGCAUUGGCAGGCUUCGUCAUCGGAAUUUGGUACCACUCUUGGGCUAUUGCAGAAGAAAAAGGGAGCUAUUCUUGGUCUAUGACUACAUGCCUAAUGGAAGCCUAGACAAGUACCUCUAUGACCAACCAAUGGCCACUCUCAAUUGGAGCCAGAGGUUUAAAGUCAUUAGAGGUGUAGCUUCAGGGUUGUUGUAUCUUCAUGAAGAAUGGGAACAAGUUGUGGUUCACAGGGAUGUCAAGGCAAGUAAUGUAUUACUAGAUAGGGAGUUGAAUGGAAGACUAGGAGACUUUGGCCUUGCAAGAUUAUACGACCAUGGCACAGACCCUCAAACUACUCAUAUAGUUGGAACAGUCGGGUACCUUGCUCCGGAGCAUACAAGAUUCGGCAGGGCCACAACAAGCACUGAUGUGUUUUCUUUUGGGGCAUUUGUGCUUGAAGUUGCCUGUGGAAGAAGGCCAAUAGAGAUAAAAGGUCCACUUCAGGAUGUUGUAUUGGUUGAUUGGGUGUUUUCUUGUUGGAAGAGAGGUAAUAUUCUUGAGGCAAGAGAUCGAAAGUUGGGCACAGAAAUUAUAUCUGAGGAAGUGGAAUUGGUGUUGAAGCUUGGGCUGUUGUGCUCUCAUUCAGAGCCUUCAGCUAGGCCAAGCAUGCGCCAAGUUGUUCAGUAUUUGGAGAGUGACAUUGCUUUGCCAAAGCUCUCACUUCUUGGGCUCUCUUCCAGUGGCUUGACUUUUGGGCCCCAUGAAGGUUUUGAUGAUUUUGCGCAGUCAUAUCCCUCUUCUUCAGUCAAGGGGCUUUCAAAUGUUGAGUCGGCAGUUCUCUCAGGUGGUCGUUGA